GGCAGGUUUCACACUUGUUGAUUUUUUAUUCCUUCGCUUUAAAAAUAGUUACAUGACUUCAAUUAAUAAUAAGUGCCAUCCUUGAAGUGUAAACAAAUACAUAAAGUGAAUUAAGUGUAUAAAUCAACAGUUUUGAACUGAAUAACUGUUCCAAUUUCUUCGUUACAAGUCGUCCUUUAAAGUCAUUACAAUAAGUUUUCCUAAUAUAAGAACUUAAUAUUCCAUGAAACAAGUGAAUGGGAAGAAUUUGCGAAUUUCAUCACAAUCCACAACGGCAUAUAAUUUUGGCAAAGAUUUUUCCAAAGGCUGUACAUAUCUUAGGUCCUGCUAUAAAUUUCCAAAAUGAUUCAAAAUCACAGCGACAAUAAUGGUAGUAGCAACACCACUGUAUGUCCCGUUAAGAUUACAACUCAUUCAGAUACUACGACAAAUAUGAGAACUAAGGAACAACGUGACAUUAUGGAGGAAAAUAAACAUAUAACAUUGCAAUUUCACUCACAGGAAUUGCAACAGUUUUUAACCCAAUCUCGAGUCGAUAAUAGUUAUGGUAUUACAACCAAACAUCUUGACAUUUUCACUUCGGAAGCUAAUUCGGGAUACGAGCAGUUGAGUGAAUUGGAAAAUAUGAAACCGUUGCCAUUAACACCAGAAAAUUAUCCUAAUAGUGUUAUAACCAACGAAUAUUCUUGUAGCUCAAAUCAAACUAACAAGGACACAGCCAUGACGGAUAUCGUUCAAGUUUCCGAUACGUCCAAUUCUCCAGACGAACUGAACAAAGAGGAGGAUAUUAUACCAAGUGAUGAGCCUUAUCAAUAUCUACAAGAACUUAAUUCGGAUAAUCUCAUGCAGUUCAGUCAGCAAUCGGCCAUACAGGAGUUAAUCUUGAAACAGCAAUUGGAUGCUAAGCCGAAUUUGGACAUAUUACCCACAUUCGAGGAGCACGACAUUGGCGGCUACAAAUUCAACGUGCAAAUUGCUAGUAACACUCAAGCCAAGAAGAGUUGGAUGUACUCGCCCAAUCGCAAGAAGCUCUACAUACGUAUGAAUGAGAUAAUUUCGUUGGAGGCUGUGUAUGUGCCCAAGCUGCCGCUGCAACAGCUUCGCGUGCGUGUGCUCAUGAGCUUUAAGAAUGAAGUGAGUGAGCCAGUGGUGCGCUGUCAAAAUCAUCUCAGCAAGGAUACCGAGUCACAACAGAAGCGCCGUCACAGCUUGCUGCGCUGUGAAAAUCCUACUGCUGAGUAUUGCGGCACAGCCGAUGGCAAAAGCAUUAAUGAUCGUUUUUCGAUAUUAAUACCGCUGGGUCUCAGCGCCAUGCCAAAGAAUGACAGUUCCAUUUCGCAAACGAUCGCCAUCAAGUUCACUUGUCAGAAUUCCUGCAUUGGACGCCGAGAGACAAGCAUACUAUUUCUACUAGAGGGCAUGAGUGGUGAAAUACUCUCACAACGUGUGCUGGAUGUCAAGAUUUGUAGCUGCCCCAAGCGAGACUUCGAAACCGAUGAGCGCAACAGCACAGUUCCAUCCAAGCGUAAAUCGAGCGGAGAAAUGCCAAGUCGCACGACGAAAUUGAUGAAAAGCGCCAAUGACAGCAGCAAACAUCCAAAAGCCUUAAAAGAUGAGGACACCAGCAGUGAUUCGGAGAACAGUGAUAGCGGCAUUAGUAUUGCUCGCGAUGUAGACAUACAACCAACGCCAUGCGGUGGCUAUCGCCUCAUCAUUGAAUUCGAUAAGGAAAUGAUGCAGAAAGCUAUCGAAAACAUGAUUCAAGUGGUUGCGGUGAAGAUCUGCACUGAACCACAACAGGCUAAGCGUUACAAUAAAAUGUUUCGACGGCUAAGUCGAUACAGAGAAAAAUUGUAGAGAAAAUAAUUGUGACCUUAAUUUGUUGCGUAAAAAUGCCUUUACUAUGUAAAUAGUUAGUCAUAAGUUAAGUGAGGUUUUGUUUACUACGUCUAGAAUUGUACUUAGUUUGUGAGGUUUCGUUGUAAGAUUUUGUUUUAAACUUUGUUGUAAGAUCUUUUUUUGUAAGGUUAUGUUGCCUCCAUGUUUUUUUUCAUGUAACCAGCUAGUAGCGUGUAUGCAUUUAUUUUUCUGUGAAAUAUUUGGCACUACGCGUCUACACAUUACUCUUUCUUGUUUUUGUUUUUUAAUUGUAUGUAAUUUUGGUCUUUCGGAAAUAUUUCAAAUCCAGCUUUGAAAUGUUCUGCCUAAGCGCUUUAAUAUGUAUAAGUUUUAAGUGAUACUUUUUUUUUUUUGUUUUUA